GGAGCCAGAGGAGGUGGAGAAGAAGGAAGCCGGAAGUGGACCGGACCGGGAUCCGUCCGGGCGUUGCGGAUUAGUUAGGGCCUGGGCUCCCUCGGCCACGGGCUGUGGACCAGCAAGUGACAGGAGGGAGCACUGCCCCCCGGCCCUGACGCCUGCUGAUCGGCGGGCUGUGCGCCCCGCGAAGGUCGGCAGCACCCAGCAGCGGCCGCGGAAGCGAGACGGGGGGCCCUGGGCAUGUACGCCCCGGGAGGCGCAGGGCUGCCCGGCGGGCGCCGGCGGAGGAGCCCGGCGGGCAGUGCGCUGCCCAAACAGCCCGAGCGUAGCCUGGCAUCGGCCCUGCCGGGCGCCCUGUCCAUCACGGCGCUGUGCACUGCCCUCGCCGAGCCCGCCUGGCUGCACAUCCACGGCGGCACCUGUUCUCGCCAGGAGCUGGGGGUCUCUGACGUGCUGGGCUACGUGCAUCCAGAUCUGCUGAAAGAUUUCUGUAUGAAUCCCCAGACAGUGCUGCUCCUGCGGGUCAUUGCCGCCUUCUGCUUCCUGGGAAUCCUGUGCAGUCUCUCUGCUUUCCUUCUGGAUGUCUUUGGACCCAAGCAUCCAGCCCUGAAAAUCACCCGUCGCUAUGCCUUUGCCCACAUCCUCACAGUGCUGCAGUGUGCCACCGUCAUCGGCUUUUCUUACUGGGCUUCUGAACUUAUCCUGGCCCAGCAGCAGCAACAUAAGAAAUACCAUGGUUCCCAGGUUUAUGUCACCUUUGCUGUUAGCUUCUACCUGGUGGCUGGAGCUGGUGGAGCCUCAAUCCUAGCGACAGCAGCCAAUCUCCUGCGCCACUACCCCACCGAGGAAGAGGAACAGGCACUGGAGCUGCUCUCUGAGAUGGAAGAGAAUGAGCCCUACCCAGCAGAAUAUGAGGUCAUCAACCAGUUCCAGCCACCCCCAGCCUACACACCCUAACGCCACCAUUGGCUUUCUUCCUCAGCAGCCUCCCCCACCCCCCACUCUGCAGCUCCUCUCACACCCAGAGGCACUCCUUCCCCCAACAAGCCUCACCAGUAGGAUCCUGACCAAACCUUCCCCAUUAGAGACUCUGCUUUUAGGAUUAUUUGUGUAGCCCUGCUCUCAAAACCUGGGGUUUGCCAAUUUUAUAUAAUGUAGUUUCUCCUGCCACCUU